UAAGAGUAGGGUCCAUAAAGUUUGAAAACAAGGCAACUUAUAAAAGGGGGCUUGAAGCUCAAGCCGCACCAAACCAACCGCGUCAUAACCAAAACCCCACAUCCUCCAUGGAUAAAUCUUCAACAACACUCCUCUUGCUCCUAUCAUCGUCUCUAGUGUUGACUCUCUUCAUAGCCACAGCCGUCUUUUUAAGCAAACAGCCUCAGCUCCGAUUCAUCUGGCUCUUCUCAUCGUCGCACCCGCUCCUCGCGCUUAAUCUCCUCAUUCUGCUCAUCAUCGUCUCGUCUCGCUGCUUCGCCGUCUCGCGACACAACGGUACCGGUGAUCGUCGCGGUGAAUUGCUGUUACUUGAUGAUGCGACGGAGGGGAUCGUUCCGGUAUUCCCCGGUGCGGAAGCAGCAGAUGGAAUAGCAGAGGCACCCACGAGUAUGUCAAAAAAGGAAGGGACGAUAGAGAGGACAUGGAAGAAAACAAAGGAAGGUAGUCAAUUGAGGCAACUUAAACACUCCCAUUCUUCUACAGAGGAUGUUAUUAGACCCCGGGAGACGUUAACAGAACCCGGUAGUGAAGAGGUCACCAGCUCGGGAUCUUCGUCCUUGUCAAGUGCAAAGCUGAGGAAGGAAGUUUCUCUAACCAGGGAGGAAGUGAACCGGCGAGUAGAGAGGUUUAUUAGGAAGUUUAAUGAUGAUUAGUAUUUUUGUAACUUAACCAACAUACCCCUAGACUGUGGAUAAGAUUCUCAGGUAUACAACAAUAUAGCAACUACAGUUUUGAAACUUUAAAUUCAUCCUUCUCGGAAACUGAAUUUGAAAUCCGCUGUCUGCCGUUUGCUACCCCAACAUACAUGUUUACUUUUAAUCCUUUUUUUGUGU